UUUCAUUUUAUUUUACUUUGGAAUUGGGAUCGACAUGAAGCCGACCGUUGUAGCAGAUUCCUUCUGGCAACGGAUCCUUCUUUGUUAUUGUCGAUAGUUAAUUUGUGCGAGAUUAAUGGAGUUUCAUUAUGAAAAAAGAUCUUUUUUUAGAGAGUCGGAGUUUGCACUUUGCGCUAAUAAAAUGAUUGUAUACGAGUUUUGAGUUCCCCACACGCUCCACCGGCUCACGGCCUGUUCGGCGGCCGCUGCCCUCCGGCCGGACUCCUCUCCACCUCCGCGGCCGCCCGGCCACAGCCCACAGGAUCGUCGACGACUGCCUUCUGGUCGCCUCUUCUCACCUCUCUUGGCUAGUAAAAACAAUAUCCACCCAAGUCUCGUCUACCUGCGGCCCCGACGAGUCACUACUGGCUUGAAGUUGAAGCGAUGUCGCUUCGAAUCGCCGGCACACCCGACGCCAACCCGGUCACCCGGAAGACAAAUCAGGUCUCAGCCUCAUAGUCUAAGGUCGAUUCGAGCGCAGAGUCGAAGAAGCGCAGAGUCGAUUCGGGCGAGGAGGCGGUGGAGGAUCAUCGUCCUGGUUCAGUCAGUAAGCUGAAAAUGAUCUUGUAUUUGCCGGCAAGAAUCGACUACUGCUUUCCAUUGGUUGUAUCUGUAUAAUUAUGGAUUACCAAGGGAAUAAUCUUAGAGAUUUUCUUGAAAACAAUGGUCAUGUGGUGCUCCAGAGAGUAAACAACUAUAAUUUGAGGUCUUUCACAGAAAAAGAGAUAGAGCACAUUACCAACGGAUAUAGCAAUUUGCUGGGGAAGGGGGCAUUUGGUAAGGUAUACAAAGGGGCAUUAGAUGGUCAAUGUCUAGUGGCAGUUAAAAAAUACAAAGACGGAAUGAGGAAAGAAGAGUUUGCCAAAGAGGUGAUAGUGCACUGUCAAAUUAACCACAAGAAUGUGGUGAGACUUUUGGGUUGCUGCACCGAGGAAAACACUCUGAUGAUUGUUAUGGAAUUUGUUUGUAAUGGAAAUCUUAGCAACAUCCUUCACUGCAGCAAUGCUAAUGGGCAUGUUCCCUUCCCUUUGGAUAAGCGUUUGGACAUUGCCAUCGAGUUAGCCGAAGUACUAUCAUGCAUGCAUUCGAUGUAUAGUCCUGUGCUUCAUGGGGACAUUAAACCUGCUAAUAUACUACUUGAUGAAAAUCUUGUGCCAAAAUUAUCAGACUUUGGAAUAGCAAGGUUGCUUUCUACUAAUGAGACCCAGCAAACCAGAAAUAUCGUUGGUUCCAUAGGCUACCUGGAUCCUUUGUUCAUUCAGACUGGACUUCUAACUCCGAAGAGUGAUGUAUAUAGCUUUGGAGUUGUUUUGGUGGAGAUGAUUACUAGAAAGAAAGUGGCAGAUGGGAAUGUUAACCUUAUUCAAAAUUUCACCAAGUCCCUCAAAAGAGGGAAAGCGGUGAGAAAAAUGUUUGAUGAAGAAAUUGUGUAUGGAAAAAAGAAGAUAAAGGUUCUUGAAGAUAUUGCAAAGCUAGCUGUUGAUUGCUUGAGAUUGGAGGACAUACUGCGUCCAGAAAUGGUCGAAGUGGCAGAUAAACUGAGGAAAUGUAGAAAAGAUCUGGAGCUGCGCAGGAUGGGAGAAAAGACUGGGCCUUCAAUACUGCUUAGGUCUCCAGGUAACAACUUCUUACCUGUGCAACCAACUGCACCUAUUCUUGUUGAGCCCACUAGCAAAAAUCCACCAAUUCCAUUAUUGAAUAUUUCCCUCGCUGAACUAAGGGAAAUAACCAGGAAUUUCAGUGAUGAUACUCUAAUAGGAGAGGGCUCACAUGCUAAAAUUUUCCUUGGAGAGCUGAAAGAUGGCCGAAAAUCUGCAGUGAAGAAGCUCGGCCAGAAUCCUGUAGUGAAGAACCUUGAUGGUUUUUUUUCUGAGCCUGAUGAAGAAUUCAUACUUCAGGUCCAGGCCGUUUCAAGACUGAAGCAUGAUAAUGUUGUCCAGCUUCUUGGCUACUGUGUUGAUGGGAACGUCCGUGCUAUCAUUUAUGAGUAUUCGUCGAGGGGCUCCUUGCACGAUAUUCUUCAUGGGAAAAAUGGUGCCAUAGGAACCCGACCUGGACAAGUUCUGUCAUGGGCCCAACGAGUGAAGAUUGCCUUAAGUGCUGCACAGGGGAUUGAGUUCCUCCAUCAUAAGACAGAGUCUUGCAUCAUUCACAGUGACAUCAAGUCCAGCAACAUUCUCCUGUUCGAUAAUGAUGUUGCAAAGAUUGGAGACCUUCGUGUCUCCAAAAAUCAGCCCGGCUACUUGGAUGAUAUUCUUUUGGAUUGCGUUCUUCCUUCCAAUAAUGGUUAUCAAUAUCAUGCACCCGAGUGUAGAGAAACUGGAGAGUUUUCCAGGGAGGAUGAUAUGUAUAGCUUUGGGGUUGUGCUGUUGGAGCUUAUAACCGGUCGCAUAUCAGGAUAUUCCCAGAAUAGACUCAUGAUAGGGGCCAUGCCAGUACUUAGUGGAGAUGAGGUGCAAGUGCAACAAUAUGUGGAUCCAAGGCUUCGAGGAAAAUACCCUCCCAAGGCUGCCGCCAAGCAGAUGGCUGCGAUUGCAUCCCGCUGUAUGCAGCGCAAGGCGGACUCCCGCCCCAGCAUGAGCAUUGUUGUAACCGAUCUGCGCUCCUUACUGUUACCGGAAAGCACACCAAGCAAACUCUGGCAUUGGUGAAGCACCUGGAGAGUGGAUGCGUGAUUAUCGUCACCUCUCAACAGAACAGCUGCAUGAUGUGAUUUUGUCAAAUUGCUUAUUGUAGUGUGUAAGAAAAAUGACCCUCUAGAUCAUGAUUGUGAUUUUGGUAAUUGAAUGAUAAUAUUAUUAUUGGGACUAACAUGUGUAUAAAGAAUGAGAACUUGUAGGGUUUCAUAGGUUCCAUGGAUGCAUCACAAAGAAAGAUACCGAAGCCGGGAUAGAGAGGAAUGAAUUGGACUUGUCCCAUGAAUAAUUAUUUUUGGGUUGA